CACUCGGUGGUGGCAGACUUUGUGGCCUUAUUGCGGCUCUAUUUCUGGAAUAUCCAUACUUCGUCGAGCAUGACGGGGUGAGCUUUGAACCGACUCGGAGUUGACGAUCUACCGGUUGUACUGAGAGUUUGUCAGACGUUGUUUCCAUAUGCAUGGUUCCUCUUUGACUCACGACGACACAAUCUUCGCAACGUGCUCCAUGGACGUUGACCCAACCAGGGCAGUCGACGCCGUGCUUGUAUCUGUUGACGCAGGGGUAUCGGUCCAUACUGAAUGAUUCUUCGGAGACGUUCGAGCCUGAGAGUGUUCCCGGAACAGCUGAGAGUUGUUGGUACUGAAAUCUGGCAGAAGCCCGAGUCGUACUGCUGGAUGUUUUUUUGUGAUUCGAAAUGGGCAAGCCAAGUUCAGCAAAGAGUUGCGAGAGGGUCCUCUUUAUACUUUCGAGGUCGGACCGUCGGCUUCUGGAAACCACCCAAGGUCUUCUAGUUGCCUACGUCUGCCUUGCACACUUGCAGGAUCAUCUUCACAAGAACAUCGAAAUGGUUGCAAGAUGCAUGCUUACUGCAAGCAGACUGCUAAUUACGGCAGAUUCUCAUAUGGAUGUAGAAAAGUCAAUGACCCUCGCCUUGGAGCGCCCUACUCCUAACCCACUUGAUACUAUACACCCGCACGAGGCGAAGCAUGACUUCAACCGUGGCCCAUGCUUCCAGCGAAAGCAAAUGUCGCGGAUUGGCUGCUUCAUCGACGUGGCUUGCAGAGAGCAGAAGAGGAAAAUGAAAACUGACAGGAGAGUUACAAUGUCAGUCAACAGCUUUCGCUACCCGGGUUUCCCGGUGGAGGGUAGUCCUAUCCCCUCCUCGGCGACAUGCUGGCCCCUCAACCUUCUGGGUGGAUACGCCAAGUAUGUCUCCCAAGUCAAAGUCAGACAGGAAACUGCAAUAUACGCGAGCUCGAAAGAAUCCUGGCCGCUGGAUCUCAAUUUUCGGCUUGCUGCAGGGUAUCGUCCUGAGCGGACCCCGGAAGCUUCGUGCGACAUGAGACGCAUCCGGACGCCCAUGAGGCUCAAAGGGGUGCAGUGAUGGGCAUCGUGAUCUGCAGGAGCCCGCGACCUGACAGGCGGGGAGGGACGGAUGUGAGCCGUUGGCACCACCAAAGACGCGGGCCAAGGUGUAUAACAAAGUCGUCUUACCAAGCACUAAAUCAACCUUCGACAACGUUCACGCGGUCAUUCUAGGGGU